AAGUGUACAUCAGGCCAGUAUAUGCUGCUUACUCACACUCCUGCUACGUUUCUUACGCAGCAGCACCACCUUGAGAGGAGCGCAGAUCAGCGGCACAGCGAGACAGCAGGAUUACCAGCGAAACAGCCGGAUUUGUUUUAUUUCUUGAUUUGAACAAUGGCAGCCAGAAAGAAGACUUUAUUGUCCAUCCAGGAGGCAUUGGAAAUGGUAUUUGAGGACUCUCCGUCGGAAGAUAGUGAUCUUAUCACGCAUCGAGGGGACAGUAAUGACUCCGAUUAUGAAGUUCCACCAACGGAAAGUGAGGAAGACGAUAAUGAAAUGGCUUCUGGAUCACAGCCAUCAACGUCUGCGUCCAAGCUACAACGCCAAUCAAAGCAGCAUUCAGAGCCAGCCACACCUAAAUUACGACGCCGGGCAUCUGCUUCAGUAGUAAUUCAGCCUGCCUCUGCAUCUUCUGAUGAAGAUGCACCAUUUGAGCCACCGUGCAAAAGAAAAGGAAAGAGAAAAGCAUCCAAAAAAGCUGUAGCACCCAGCAAGCGUGGCCGAGGUGCGUCUUCCAGAACGACAGAGGAAGAACCCAAGUGGCACAGCAAAGAGGAGAAUGACAUAUGUCCAGAGCCAUUGAGGUUCAUGCCAGCCAGGAUCCCAGGGCCUACGUUUGACACCACAGCAUUAUGGUCUCCCCUCUCCCUCUUCAGACUAUUUUUUUCCAAUACCGUGAUUAAUAGAAUUGAGACAAUCCCUUUUUUUUUCUUUCAAAUAAACGUAGCUCUGUAGCUCUCUAUACCUGAAUGCAUGUUCGUGUUCCCCAACCUGCUCUGCAAUAUUCCCACAGUUAUCCUCUUUCAUGUAUUCAAAGCAGAUCAAACUGCUGCUCCCUGGGAGGAAUGUGUCAUGGGAUCUGCAUGGAGGCUCUAUCCUGUGCUAAUGGUAGCAGCUGCUCUGAGAGGCCUAUUUGUGAUCACUUCAUGUGAGUCACUGAGUGCUCUUCAAAUGUAUUGGCUAUAGCAACACAACAGCACAGCUUCAGGUGAGUUGAUGCUGUGAAUGUGCGCUGGAAAAGAUAUUCUUUAUUAUUCUGCAACAGAAGGAUUAAAGCAGCUGAUUUCCAAAGCUGGAUCUCAGAAGCUCUUGAAUUUAAACUUUAUUAAUUGAUUGUGUUUGUGUGAAUUGUUGGAUACAAAGGAGCUUUAUUAUAUCUCAAGGUAAUCAGCUUCCUGUCACAAAGUCUACCUUGAUCCCUUGAUAAAUUCACUAAAUGCUUUCAAGUCGCCUAA